AUGAAAUUGGAUGCGUUGAUCAAGGAGAUCCGUUCUGGAUUAGUUUUUGGUAAUGUAACUACAGUUAUUUAUACUGUUGAGUUCCAAAAAAGAGGACUUCCACAUGCCCAUAUAUUGAUAUUUCUGAGUCAAGAAGAUGGUCGAGCUUUAUGUCAAAAUAUUGAUACUAUAAUUUCAGCUGAAAUUCCAGACAAGGAAGUAGAUAGUGAGUAUUAUAGGGUUGUUGAGGAGUUUAUGAUUCAUGGUCCUUGUGGUCAUCUUAGGAAGAAUUCUCCGUGUAUGGUUAAUGGUCGUUGUUCUAAACAUUUUCCAAAGAAGUUUGUAGACUCUUCAAAUUUUGAUCAAGAUGGUUAUCCAAUUUAUAGACGAAGAGAUGAUGGAAGGUUUGUUAAGAAAAAUGGAAUUGAGCUGGAUAACAGAUUUGUUGUACCACAUAACAAAUAUUUGUUGCUUAAAUAUAGAGCACAUAUCAAUAUUGAGUGGUGUAACCAAUCCCGUUCUAUCAAGUACUUAUUUAAGUAUGUCAACAAGGGGCAUGAUCGAGUUACAGCUCAUUUCUACAAAAGUUCUGAUGAUUUAGAGAAAGGCCAAAUUGUAGAUGAGAUAUCUAUGUUCUAUGAUUGUCGUUACAUAUCUGCUUGCGAAGGAACAUGGCGUUUAUUCGGAUUUGACAUUCAAUUCAGAGUUCCUGCAGUUGAGAGAUUGAGUUUCCAUUUGCCUAAUCAACAAUUAGUUGUUUAUGGCGAUGAUGAUUGUGUUGAUAAUAUUUUGAGUCGCCCGAGUGUUGGAGAAAGUAUGUUUUUAGCUUGGUUUGAAGCUAAUAAAAAGUUUCUCGAAGCUAAAGAGUUAACUUAUGGUCAGAUGCCCAACAAAUUUGUUUGGAAAAAGGAUGUUAGAGAGUGGCAUCUUAGACGUAAGGGGUUUGCCAUUGGACGUAUGUUUUUUGUUCCUCCAGGUUCUGGUGAAAUUUAUUAUCUAAGCUUUUUGUUGAACUUGGUUCGUGGUGCAACAUGUUAUGAAGAUCUUCGUAUUGUUGAGGGGGUGCAGUAUAGUUUGUUUCGAGAUGCAUGCUAUGCUCGUGGUUUAUUAGCAGAUGACAAGGAAUAUGUUGAUGCGAUUAAUGAAGCAAGUAAAUGGGCAUCUGCAACUUCUAUGAGGAGACUAUUUGUUACUAUGCUUACUUCAAACGUUCUUAUUCGACCAGAAGUGGUUUGGGAGGCAGUAUGGAUAUUCUUAGCUGAAGAUGCAGAGUUCAACCAGCGGAAACUACUAGAUAAACCAGGUUUAAUCCUCACAGAUGAAGAAAAGGCAGACUAUGCUUUGGUGGAAAUUGAAAAGCUUUUACGUGUAUUUGGAAAAAGUAUUUCUUGCUUUCCCUCUAUGCCUCUGCCAAAUAUGAGUUCCUCAUCUUCUCAUGGAAAUCAGUUGUUAGAUGAAGAAUUUUCAUAUGAUUGUGAUGCUCUUAAAGUUGAACAUGAUAAUUUGGUCGAGAAAUUGACAGAUGAACAGAGGCAUGUUUAUGACAUAGUUCUUAGUGAUGUUGCGAAUGGUGGGGGUGGUUUAUUUUUUGUUUAUGGGUACGGAGGAACUGGUAAAACCUUUGUUUGGAAAACACUAUCAGCUGCUUUGCGUUCUGAGGGUCACAUCGUCUUAACUGUCGCCUCGAGUGGUAUUGCUUCUCUACUUUUGCCAGGUGGUCGAACUGCUCAUUCCCGAUUUGCUAUACCUAUUAAUAUAACUGAAGAUUCUACAUGUAACAUCUCUCAAGAGAGUGACUUGGCUAAUCUAAUUAUAAACUCCAAACUAAUUAUUUGGGAUGAAGCUCCGAUGAUGCAUAAACACUGCUUUGAGGCUUUAGAUCGAACUAUGAGAGAUUUAUUACGGUUUGUGAAUCCUUUGAGCACAGAGAUGACAUUUGGAGGAAAAACCGUGGUUCUUGGUGGUGAUUUUCGACAAAUACUGCCUGUGAUUCCUAAGGGAACAAGACAAGAUAUUGUUGGAGCAAGCAUCAAUUCUUCUUAUCUCUGGCAAAAUUGUAAGGUUCUAAGAUUGACUAAGAAUUUGAGACUAUAA